AUGCUUGUCCUGUCUACAUUGCACAAGCUGCUCUCCCAGGCCAUAUCGGCCGACGUGCACGCUGCGGCGCUUUGGACGCCGACGGGGCAGCUGGUCGCGUGCGCGUAUGGGAGGAAGAAGAGCAAAGACGAUGUGCGCGUCCUCGUCGGCCUUGCGACCGAGGUGUGGACCGAGGUCAAGGGUUUCGCCGCCGCCGAGACCGAGAUCGGAAGAAUCGUAGUUGUGCCUAUAGAAGACGCGUCGGUGCCGGAGAAGGGCAAGGACGCGGAAAAGGCAGAGCCUGUCGAACCGCUGAUGCUGGUGUCGCUGUCAGCGUCCGAGAAUGUGGAUUGGGAUGCUCUAGAAAAGAAGGCUAAGGAUAUCGCGCAGCACCUUGCGAAGCCCGUAGGCAAAAUCCGUGCCCCUCUGUUGGCCGCGCCCACCAAGCCGGCCGCGCCUGUACCCACCCGGGGUCGCGUCGCAUCGUAA